UGGGAAGAGAUAUGGUGUUGCAGAGAAGAUUGGGAUCUGGAAAACAGAGGAGGAAGUUGGGAGAAGAAGAAGAAGCUGCAAUACUGUUGAUGGCUCUCUCAUCUGGUUCUGUAUACGCUUAGUUAGAACCUAGAACAAACGGAUAAAAAAAAAAGGAGAAAAAUGGAAGUGAAAACUGAAAACCCUAACCAACAUACCUACCAUUGUCUUCUGGUUCUGAGCCAAGUGUUUGACCCAUGUUUUACAUUCCAUAGUUUUGACUUUUGGGCUAGUUUUUGGGAAGGAUUGAAAGAAAAAGCAGAGGAAAAAUGAUCACGGAUUAGUAGUAAUGGGAAGAAUUGAAUGCAAUGAUGUUGAUUCUCAUUUUGUGUUAGCAUACUAUUUAUCCUUCAAUUUCUCUAUUAAUUUCAGUGUAGUGGUCAAAUGCACAAGCCUGGAUCAUUGAUUGGCCUGCAAAAAUGUCAUUAAUUAGAAAAUAAUGACAUUUUUCUUAUUAACUACUCAUCUCCACUUUCAUGCAUAUAUCAUCAAAGCAUUCCCUUCCUAGAUAUGUCAUUUAGGGUAUGUUUGCUUUCAUUUUUUGUUCUUUUUAAUUUUUAUUUUGAGAAAUAAAUUUCAAAUUUAUGUUUUUAGAAAUGAGUAAUCCUCUUAACUCCGAAGUAUAGCUUAGGUUGAACAUUUCUUUUAAAAGGAAAAUUAAGAAUAAAGAAACACAGUGAAUAAUUUUCACCUAAAAAAUAGUAGCAUUUUCUAUUUCAAACAUAAGAAAAAGGUUGUAUUCUCGCUUAUUAUCAAAGUGACAGAAGGUUCGAGGUGAUCCUACAGGGUGUCGCUGCAUGGUUCGACAUGCUUCCUCAAGAGCCAGAAGGUGACGUGGCUUCCUCAAAGUUUCUAGCUGAUUCUCAAGCGUUCAGGACAAAGCGAUGAAGGCGUGAAAGAACCAGAAGGUGCCACCCAAAGUACAGCGUGGCAGUGUGACAGGCUGACACGUCAAUUACUUUCAGCACCUGUCUUGCCGCAAGCUCUUUAUACACUCCCCCACUCUCUUCACAUUCUGUUGAAGUCUCUCUACAAUCCCCAUUUCGAUUAGUUCUGCCAAAUCGAGGAAAUUAACAGAAGAUGCAAUCAAGAUUAGCAGCUAAAGCAACGACGUCCUAUCGGGUCUUCUCCUUGGCCCGAAAUCGAGCUAUGCCGCGCGGACCCGCCUCUGCCCCAAACAGUGGUCGCACAGCUGACCCAGAAAUCUACACUGCAAACCCAGGUAUCAAGGAGGACCUCGUUCACCCUAGAGACAACGAUAAGAUAGACGACUCUCAGCAACGAACAGAGGAUGUGAAACCCAGUAAAGAAACAGUGCCAUUUGUGCCUCCAAAGCCUCCAUAUGCCGCCUCCCCAAGGCUAGAAACCACUGGAGUGAACCGUCCGUUGGACCCCAUUACCCAGCAAAAACGCAGCAUAAGUACAGAUGCGAUCUGCGCUGGAGUAGACGGAACACCAUUGCCAAACAACGAAGAGGGUGAGCAGAGACGACGAGAGGUGGAAGAAGAAGAUUACAGGGCUUAUUACAGCCACCACAAAGCGUCACCGCUGUCAGAGAUUGAGGUGGUUGACACCAGGAAGCCAAUUACGAGAGCCACUGAUGGAACGUACGGGGACCACGAAGGCGAUAAGGUAGUGAUCGGUUGGUUGCCGGAGCAGCUUGAUACGGCGGAGGAGGCGCUGCAGAGAGCUAAUGAGAUAUGGAAACAGUCGGCCAUGAGAGGUGAUCCUGAUUCUCCUCAAUCCAGAGUUCUGAGAGCUCUGCGUGGUGACUACUGAGUAAAUUGAAAAUGGAAAUGGUGCUCGCAAUGAACGAGUAAAUCUAAGAUGAAAAUGUUUUUUUUUUUUUAAUUUUUGGUAAUUAUCUGUCUUGGUUUAAACUUUAAAGUAAAUAUGUACAAAUAAUAUGUGUUUGAUAUAAUAUUUUUUAAAAAAUAUAUAAGAAUAAUGUGGCCACGAUGACUUGGAACAACAAA